CGAAGAAGAACACGAAGACGAAGAGGAAGAGGGAAGAGGAAGAGGGAGCUGGUUCAAGAAAGAGAACAAUGGGAGUGAUUGUGGAUACCAUUAAACCUGGUCGAGAUGGAAUCCGUCCUCAGCGUGGGCAGACCGUCGUCGUGCACUACGUUGGCACCCUGACAAACGGACAGAAGUUCGAUUCCUCCAGAGACCGAGAUGAGCCUUUCAAGUUCAAACUGGGACAUGGCCAUGUUAUCCGUGGUUGGGAUGAAGGUGUCGCCCAGAUGACCCGUGGCCAGGUGGCCAGGCUGACCUGCACCCCGGACUACGCGUACGGCGACCGCGGAUUUCCACCCAUCAUCCCAGGAAAUGCCACUCUCAUCUUUGAAGUCGAGUUGCUGGGGUUCAGUUAAAAGUGAACCAUGGAAUGUUUUUUUUUUUUUUUUUUUUUUUUUUUUUCUUGCUAAAGUGUCACUUGGAACAUAACGUGAAGAAUUAAUCUAACCAGGUGACAAGAAAUGCUUACGCUGAGAACCAGUUGAGACGAUUUAUUUGUUUAGCAUGCCUGUCAGUAACGGAUCCCAUCAAGCCAAAAUAUGACUUACUUUAGUUGUAGUUGCAGCAUCACAUGAGCCAAGCAGAAACAUCAUCUCUUAUCAUUUCUAUCUUUUAAAGACAUUAAUCCCAGAACUUUUAAAAUGUAAUCUGAACCUUUAAAGUGUUUGUAGGUAUCUGAGUCCAGUGAAAUGAUAUAAAAGUUUGUGAUCUGACAUUGUUCUGUGAGGUUUAGGUUGUUGUGUUCACUCUCAGGAUUCAUCUUGCAUUCACAGUUUUACUUGUGAAAUCAUUCACUUAACAUUCGGUUCUUUAGAUCUUACAAGUUGCAAACUCCUGUUUGCUGUGAAGUCAAACGAUGUGAACCUCAGUGACAACAUACCUGACAUUAAAUGCAUGUUGUUGAGCAAAGCUCAUAAGGUUUGAAUCCUUUUGGCCUCACUUUUAAAUCAAGUUAGUUUAUGGUCAAUGGUACAAGUAUUUCAUAGUCACGGCCUUCACGAGAAACUUGUUUUAUGUCCUGUCAUUACCUGAAAUGCUUAUAGUUUAGCAUAAGGUAUUUAGCAUUAUGUUAUUCUAAAGUGUCCUUCUGUUGUAUGCUAUUACAAAUAACCUUUUUUGGGGUACCUUUCUUUUACUAUCAGAAUUGGCUGACCUGUUUUACACAUUCAAGCAAUAAAAGUGGCUUACUGUCAAAA